GGUUUUACAAAACUUUUCCUCUCUUAGUUCCAGCCCCCUUUUCUUCUUUUGAGAAGUUCAUUUUACUGCUUCUCAAGCAGGCACGUCAUCUAAAUCUUCAAAGAUUUAGGUUGAUAUCAUGGGUUCCGAAGCAGAUGAUUCCAAAGAAGUGGCAACAGAUGUCUUUAAUUCCAAAAGUUUGGCCAUUCAGGCCCAAAAGAAAAUUCUAUGCAAAAUGGCCUCCAAAUCAAUAGCAACUGCUCUGAUAGAUGACACCAGCAGUGAUGUGUUGGAUGAACUCUACCGAGUGACAAAAGAAUACAUACAAAAUAAGAAGGAAGCUGAGAAGAUAAUUAAAAAUCUUAUUAAGACUGUUAUCAAAUUAGCAGUCCUCUAUCGGAAUAACCAGUUUAAUCAGGAAGAGACUGUACUUAUGGAGAAGUUCAAAAAGAAGGUUCACCAGUUGGCUAAAACUGUGGUCAGCUUCUAUCAAGUGGACUAUACUUUUGACAGGAAUUUUUUAUCAAAACUGUUGAAUGAUUGUAGAGAUCUACUUCAUCAAAUAAUUCAUCGUCAUCUCACUGCAAAAUCUCAUGGACGUGUCAAUCAUGUGUUUGAUCAUUUCUCGGACUGUGAAUUUUUGGCUGUCCUAUAUAAUCCAUUUGGAUCUUACAAGACUCAUCUCCAGAGGCUUUGUGAUGGUGUCAACAAAAUGCUAGAUGAAGGCAAUAUUUAGUUGUAUCAUUAUCAAUUGUUCAUAUAAUCAAAGGCUAACUAUUGUUGAUGGUCUUAGGGAGCCAAUGAAAGAAUGAAGAAGGGCUAGAUAGUGUUGGUGGCAAAGAAGAAUUUAAUAUCAAUUGAAAAUUCUUCAGCAGAUUGAUUUAUUUAUUUGGAAUUACCUUUUUUGCCGUUUCAAUUUUUUUUAUAAUACCAUGCUUUAAAAUACGGAUUUAUAAAGCCAUAAAACUACUCAAGGACUACUCAAAAUAAAUAGGACUUCAUAAAAUAGGCAGGGAUAAUAAGAUGUCACAUUCUAAAAGUGUAAGAAUUUUAAUAAUCUGCUAUUUGUGUCUUUGCAUCUGCAGAGAAGCUGUGCUACCUAUGUUGAAUAAAGUUAAGACUGCACAGAUUUAACAAACCCUUUUUAAAAUUCAUUUAAAACUGUCUGCACUAUGUAUAAAAGUUUAAAUUACAUUGUCAUAAUUAUACUAUUGAAACAGUUAAGUGGCUGUUUGAGGUCUAGAGCUUUAUUUUUUAAAAUGUUCAGGGCUUCCACUAGAAAAUAAUUUAAGUGGUGUGAACUGCUAUCUCCAUCACUGGUACUAUCCCAUAUUAUAACAGAGUCUUUAAGUUGCGUCCUCUAGCUAUUCUUGCAAUCAGCUUCCCAGUAGAAGGGACUGCAUUUCACAUAACGUGCUUCUGAGAAACCCUGAACUAAACCUAUACUUCCAGGGCAAUAACACUGGGCUUCUUUUAUGUGAACCUUUCUUUAAUCAUCUUUAUGGUUUGAUUUCUUUAUCUGUUCUGGACUAAUUUUGUAUUAUUUAUCAAUGUGUAUAUAUUUGACAAUCACUGAAAAUUUACAGACAUCCUCCACGUUCUAAGCAUGUUUACUACCACUAUGUCAUAUAUAGUUAAAAGUAUAAUUGUUUCUGAUUAUAUUUUGUAGAAAAAUAUGCUUUCAGAUGAAAUUGUUCAAGAAAGAUGAAACUGGAUAUUCCAGUGUGUCGUCCACAUGUACAGGUGGUCCUUAACUUAUGACCCCAGUUGGGACCACAACUUCCAUUUCCAAAGCAAGACAGUUGUAGAGUGAGUCAUGCCCAAUUUUGUGAACAUUUCUACUAUAGUUAUUAAGCAAAUCUGGCUGGGAACGUCACAUGACAAUCACAUGAACCCAGGACAUUGCAACUAUUGUAAAUACAUGCUGGUUGCCAAG